GUCUACGCUAUAGUAGCUUAUACAUGUAAUAUUUUUGCCUUUUGCUUUUUCUUGGUUUCAUGAAAGAGCUAGUAUUAUUCUACUACAUUUCAAUUCUUCUGGUCGACUUGACUGUUUCUUUCCUUCUAUUAAAAACGGGGAAAAAAAAUCAAUCAGAAAAAAGGGUGAAAAGUUGGUAGUAUUGCUGAUGGCUAUGGUUUCCUUUCUUUUGGGUUUUUGCAACACAACAAUUAGAAGAUAGUAACUAAAAACAACACCACAAUUAGAGGAGGAUGAUGAUGAUGAGCUAACCAAAUUCCAAUAACAGUUUAUUUGGUCUGCCCUGGGAGGCGCCAAAUUGUCUGCGUUUGUUUUUCCUACGGUACUUCUACUAAUUAUAUACAUAUUUUUUUAUUCAUUUCUUCUUCUUUAGUGUAAAUGCUACACGUUUGCAAUGUCUAUUGGUCCAAAUCUCUGAACGAUACGCGCUUGUUUCCCAACUUUCAAGACUGCUAUCCAAUUUAGAAAAGUCUUUACAUCAUUCUUACUAUUUUACAAGUUGCUAUAGAAGCUAAUCCAUGCUGCAUCUUCAUUCACGAAUAUUUAUUUGAUUGUAAACUAAUUGGCAUUGAUCCUUUUCCACUCAUCCCUUCUACUACUACUAUUUCUCUCUGUUUCUUCUAUUUCGCUGAUCAUCAUAUCCAACAGGAGGUUUAAACCAUAAACAAAGAAUUGACUUUGAUUCUCUUCUUCAUAAAGCUUACCACCCUUUUUCUGAACAAAAGCCAAACAAUAAAAUCCCUUUUCUUGGACCCAUUUUUAAAUCAUACCUAAUUCCGUCUGCAUUUCCCCCUUUCCCUAUUAAUUUUGUGUUUGCCUGUGUGUAUUUUCUUUAUUCUUUUAUCAGGAAAAAAUUCCUCCCUCUUUCGUCUCAUUCAUUCUGAUUAACCCUUUCAGUUGAUCAUUGAGGAAGAGUUUGAUGAACCCCUUUUCAGCUCUCCCACAUAUUGAUUCAAAACUCUCCCAAAAAUACAAUCUUUCUUUCCUCCUUCCCUAUUGGGCUCAACCUGUUUGUGCUUUUGAUCACUUAAAAAAGCUUUAUUGCUGUUAGUUAUGAAGCUGUUGGUGCGUGUGAUUGAGGGAAAAAACAUACCACCAAUGGACCCAAAUGGGCUGAGUGAUCCGUAUGUGAGGUUGCAGUUGGGAAAGCAGAGGUAUAAGACCAAAGUGGUUAAGAAAUGCUUGAACCCAUCUUGGUGUGAGGAGUUCUCUUUCAGGGUUGAGGACUUGAAGGAGGAGCUCCUUGUUUCUGUUUUGGAUGAAGACAAGUACUUUAAUGAUGAUUUUGUUGGUCAGAUCAAAGUCCCCGUUUCUAGAGUUUUUGAUGCUCCUGAUAAGUCCCUUGGCACUGCUUGGUACACUCUGCUGCCCAAGAACAAGAAGGCUAAAACCAAGGACUGUGGUCAGUUUCAUAUUUUGUCUCACUUUACUGCUUUAAAGUAACAGUCUUCUUUCUUCUUUUUUUAUUUUUUUUUCCCUUUCCUGUUCUCUUUUGGAGUUGAGAGACAUGAUUUAUUUGAAUGUAAAUGAAAACGUAUUUUCCAUAGAUGAUCAAUAUUGGGGAUCCUUCCUAGUGGAAUAAAAACCAAGUGGUUGUUUGUUGGAGUUAAGGUAGUCUUCUACUUGCUGCCUUGGUUUCAUUAAAAUCUAGAUACCGUGUGGUGUCAAAUCGAAUGACUCCAGGCAUUUUCAUGAGUUUGGUUUUAUCAAAAGAUCUACAUUGCUGAUUAAUCAGGAAAUUACAUAAAUUAACAAAUUUUUUUUUCCCAUUGGGUUGGACAAGGACGGCUCCUUUCUUCUUGGUUCCUUCAUAUUGUUGCUGUUACAUAGUUACAGAAUGUUAAAUGUAGGGGGAAAUGCAGUUUGUAAUGAAUAUGGUUUGGUGGAAUAUUGUAAUGAUUUUGCUCCUUUAAGUAGUAUGUUCGUACUUGGGCGUAGAAAUCUUACAAAUCCCUUGGUUAGAUGAGUUGAAACAAUAGAACCACUUACUCACAUUAAAAGGGGAGGAUAAUAUCUAAAACAACUUGGAAAGAAAAAAUUAUAAAUAACUUGGUUUAUUAAAAUUCAAAUGAAAAAUACUUGUGUCAACCAAACACAUUGGUGACAUGUGAUCCAUAUAGACAGCCCCAUUAGAGGGUAAAGGCUCGUUAUGUUGUUAAUGUUGCCCUUUGAGUUAGAUUAUGCUAUGAUAGAGUACUUGGUAGUUUGAACUGCUUCUUUAAGUUAGAUAAUGUCAUGAUAGUUUGUAGUUGGACGCUGAGAAUUUUGGACGAUCAUGUAAUACAUUCUGUAUGUAUUUUGUACUAGGUGAAAUUCUUCUCACAAUAUGUUUUUCACAAAGCAAUUUGUUAGUUGAGUCACCAGCUGUUGGUGAUCAUUUACCACUAUCUAGGAAGUAUGCUGAUAAUGCAGGGAGUGACUCACCUUCAAGGUCUGCCAAUGUUCCAGUAAGAUCACUUUCUCCUGUAAAAUUAGAAGAAGCUGCUCCUUCCAAAGACGACAAAACACACGCCCAAACCUUUGCUGGCCGAAUUGCUCAGAUUUUCAACAAAAAUGGGGACGCAGCCACUACCAAAGUUGUUCCAGAUGCGUUAGAACUGCCUGAAUGUGCCAAUCCUCCCGUUAGUGAUGUCGAUAAUGAUGAGGAGACAUCUUCUUAUAACUUUGACGAACUUAUGAAAAGCAUGGAAACGAAAAACCAAGGAGGUGAAAUUCCAAGCAAUUUACCUGGUGGAGUAGUUUUGGACCGAAUGUAUGUAAUUGCGCCUCUCGAACUGAACUCUUUACUCUUCGCUCAAGAUUCAAACUUUUACAAAUCUGCCACAGACAUGCAGGGAUCCACCGAGUUACAGGUAGGACCUUGGAGAUUUGAGAAUGGUGGGGGUGAACUAAAGAGAGUGGUUACUUAUAUUAAAGCUGCAACGAAAUUAAUCAAAGCUCUCAAAGCAACUGAAGAGCAAACGUACUUGAUAGCCGAUGGCAAGGUUUUUGCAGUUUUAUCUUCUGUGAGCACUCCCGAUGCUCCGUAUGGAAGUAGUUUUAGGGUGGAAGUGCUCUACUGCAUCACUCCAGGCCCUGAUCUUCCAUCGGGAGAACUGUCUUCUCGGCUGGUUGUAUCGUGGCGAAUUAAUUUCUUGCAGAGCACUAUGAUGAAAGGUAUGAUUGAGAAUGGGGCUCGGCAAGGUAUUAGAGAUAGUUUUGAGGUGUACGGGAAUGUGCUAUCGCAAACUGUAAAGACGGUUGAUUUGAAAGACAUCACUUCUGAGAAGGAACAAGUGUUGGCAUCUAUAAAGGUGGAGCAGCAAUCGGAUUGGAAACUGGCAGUUCAGUAUUUCGCUAAUUUUACUGUAGUAUCAACUGUGCUUGUGGGGUUAUACAUCUUUGUGCACAUUUCCUUGGCCACUCCUGGAACAGUUCAAGGGCUUGAGUUUGUCGGGCUAGACUUACCAGAUUCCAUUGGAGAAUUGGUUGUCUGCGGAAUAUUAGUUCUCCAAGGCAAACGAGUGCUUGAAUUGAUGUCACGCUUCAUGCAGGCAAGGGUACAAAAAGGCAGUGACCAUGGAAUUAAAGCACAAGGAGAUGGUUGGUUGCUCACUGUGGCCUUGAUUGAAGGAAGCAACUUAGCUGCUGUCGAUUCAAGUGGUUUUUCAGAUCCGUAUGUUGUCUUUACUUGCAAUGGAAAAACAAGAACGAGUUCAAUAAAAUUUCAGAAGUCUGAUCCACUGUGGAAUGAAAUAUUUGAAUUUGAUGCAAUGGAUGAUCCUCCAUCUGUGCUGGAAGUGGAAGUUUAUGAUUUUGAUGGGCCUUUUGACGAGGCAACAUCCCUUGGCCACACUGAAAUUAAUUUUCUAAAAACUAACAUAUCAGAUUUAUCUGAUGUUUGGGUUCCUCUCCAAGGGAAGUUAGCUCAGGCUUGCCAGUCUAAGUUACAUUUGAGAAUCUUUUUGAAUAACACAAGAGGCGGCAAUGUUGUGAAAGAUUAUUUAACAAAGAUGGAGAAGGAAGUGGGGAAGAAGAUACGCUUGCGCUCACCUCAAACAAAUUCUGCAUUCCAAAAGCUAUUUGGCCUUCCACCUGAAGAGUUCCUCAUCAACGACUUCACUUGCCACUUGAAACGCAAGAUGCCCCUUCAGGGCCGCCUGUUUUUGUCGGCUAGAAUAAUUGGUUUCCAUGCAGAUCUGUUUGGGCACAAGACUAAGUUUUUCUUCCUUUGGGAAGAUAUAGAGGACAUACAAGUUGUUGCCCCUACUUUGUCUUCAAUGGGCAGUCCGAUAAUUGUCAUGACAUUAAAGCCUGGAAGGGGCUUUGAUGCAAGGCACGGUGCAAAGACACAAGAUGAAGAAGGGAGACUGAAGUUCCAUUUUCACUCGUUUGUGUCAUUUAAUGUGGCAAAUAGAACGAUUAUGGCACUGUGGAAAGCAAGGGCCCUGAGCCCCGAGCAAAAGGUCCAAUUAGUUGAAGAAGAAUCUGACCCUAAAAGUCUACGAGCUUCUGAAGAGGAUUCAAUUGCAAAAUCCCUUCAAGACAUGGAUGACGACUCCGAAUCCAAAACUCUCCAAACAGAAGAGAGCGGGUCAUUUUUAGGCGUUGAGGAUGUUAGCAUGUCUCUGGUUUAUUCUUCUGUUCUUUCUAUUCCUACGAGUUUCUUUAUGGAGUUAUUUGGAGGCAAUGAGCUUGAUCGUAGGGUUAUGGAGAGAGCUGGCUGUGUUAAUUACUCUUACAGCCCCUGGGAGUCUGAGCAGAAGCCUGAUGUUUUCCAAAGACAGCUUUACUACAAAUUUGAUAAACGCAUCUCUCGGUAUAGAGGAGAAGUGACGAGUACUCAGCAGAAAUCACACCUCCCUGAUAGAAACGGUUGGCUUGUUGAAGAGGUUAUGACCCUCCAUGGAGUCCCGCUUGGCGAUUAUUUCAGCCUUCACCUUAGAUACCAGGUUGAGGAUGUACCCUCAAGAUCAAUGGCAUGUAACGUUCAAGUAUAUUUUGGAAUCGCUUGGUUAAAGUAUACCAGACACCAGAAAAGGAUCACAAAGAACAUUCUAAUGAACCUGCAAGAGCGCUUAUUGGUCAUGUUCAGCGUACUUGAAAAGGAAUUUGUUACUGCUGGAAAAUGAAAUGGAAUGGAGUGGAAAGUUGUUUGAGAGAUCUUUUCAUUCAGUCAUGUAUCCUGCGAUGAAUUCGAGAAGGAAGCCUCAACAUUUAAUGAUGAGUGAAUCCUGUCCUUUUGUGGUGGUGCAAACGGAUAUCCAACGGGACAAAAAACGGAUAUCCAAGCCGAGCGACAUUGUACAAUACUGUAAGUCUGUAAUACAGUUCUAGUAUUCCUAUUUUUCACAUAGUAAUUGGGGUUGUGUGUGAAGAAAUGGAGGAGGAGGAGGAGGAGGAGGAGGAGGAGUGGCUUCUGUGGGAGAUUGAAAAGUAUAGACGCAAACCUGCUAGCUGGCUGGCUUGCUGUUGUUGGAUAUUCCAUGGUUUUUUCUUUUAGGUUGAAGUGGUUCGCUGGUUGCACUGGGUUUUAUGAGUUUGAAGCAGAUCAGAUGAUCCUCAGGAGCUUUUUUUUUUUUUUUUUUAAGUUAAUUUCCUUGGAGUGAUCUGAUGUACCAUGCAGUAUAAUUUAAAAGGCUAAAAAUUUGUAUUCUUUGUUAAUUCUCUGACUCAACAAGUACAGUGGAUUACACAGUUCAAUCUAAUACUGCCUUACUUAUGUUGUGGCUUCAUAAUAUUUGGUUCUCAAUUCACAAGGGAAUAGUAGAAAAAAAAAAUGUUGAGUAGUUUAUAUGUAUUUUGAGGUGGUGCUAACGUUUAAACAACAAUGUGCCAAAUGUUUAUGAGGUUAAUUGAUUCAAAG